GAAUUCAUUUCCCGCCCGCUGGAAGGAAUGAGAGAGGUUCUUUCCCUCCUCGCGUUCUUCCUCUUUUUUCUAUCAAGAUCUUUGAACUAUGCGAGUGUGGAGAAGGAGAAAACAUUGGCUAUGAUCAAGCCAGAUGGGGUAUCUGGCAAUUAUACGACGCAGAUAAAAAGUAUCAUUCUUGAGUCUGGAUUUAAUAUUGUCAGAGAGAAGAUGCUUCAGCUCAAUGAGGAAACCGUGGCACACUUUUAUGCUGAACAUUCUGGUAGAAGCUUCUUUCCUAACCUUAUGAAAUAUAUGACAAGUGGCCCAGUGUACAUUAUGGUCCUUGAGAAGCUAAACGCCAUCUUUGAUUGGAGAAAUUUGAUUGGUCCCACGGAUUCUAGAAAAGCUAAAGUUUCUCACCAAAAUAGCAUCAGAGCAAUCUGUGGACUGGAUUCAGAAAGGAAUUGUGUUCAUGGUUCAGAUUCUCCUCAAUCUGCUGCAAGAGAAAUUUCAUUUUUCUUUGGAGAAAUAUCAGGUGAUGCUGGUUCAAUACAUGAUGAACUGUAGAACUUGAUUUAACUCACGUAUUUGCCGACAGUCAAGGUUGCUGGGGACCUCCCUUUUGCAGGCUAUUAUGGCUGGAGUGUAUGCUUUCUUCUUCUAUUAAGAGUUUAAUAUUGUUAGCUUUUGAUUUAUCUUUUUACAAACCAUUUGUGCUUUCUUUGUUUGCUUGACUACUUUGUGAAGGCUAAAGAUCGUAUGAUGAAAUUUUCUUUCUGCUUUUUCAUGCAAACUAUUUUUUAUACGGAUGCAGAAGCAUCUAGUU